UUAUUCCCCUGCUAUCAUUCCACUGCUUGUGUCUCUCGACUCUUGCUAAGCCCUAUAGUUGAAUUACAGGAAGGAAGAUAAGGAAAUUUAUUUUAAUUUUCAUUUAUUACACUAUUAUUGUCGAUAUAUAUAUCGAUCAGUCGGCGAAAGGCGCGACAGCAGUAGCAGCAUGCAGCAGGAGGAGAUCCCUUCAAGGUCGCCCACCGAGCAAUUCUCCAUUGAAGAGGAGUGCAUCUCCAGCUCCGAUGCCGCUCGGAUCUUGAACUCGUGCGACGAAGCCGUGGUCGUCGACGAGGAUCUCUUCCCGUCGCCGGACCACCUCUCGUCCCUCGUCAGCUUGCUCCGCACAGAGGACGAUGUCUUCUCGUCCUCGUCUGCCGCGGUGAGCGCCGGAGGGUCCUCAUCCGCGCCUCCCCCCUGCUACCCGGACGAUGGCGCUUUCUCCCCCUUUAACGCCCUCGACGCGGCCGCGCUCUCUGCUCUUCUCGAUGCGCCUAUGGGGACGCAGAUGCAGAACACCCAAGCCCCGGACGUCGACCUCCUCUCACACGCUCGCUACGCCGGCCCGUCCGCCUGCGCCUCCUCGGUGAACCUCCCGCUCAUCGGUUAUCCGCCUCCCUUCCCUGGGGAUCCUUCUCACUAUUCGUUCGAAGACGAGAUCUCGGUUGGCGAUCCGGCGACGAGCGGGUAUACGGCGGCCCGGUGUCAACCGAAUCGGCCGUGCGAGGGCGAGUACUACACCGCCGCGGUGGCCGGGAUGCAUCAGCAGCAGAAGCAGUCGUCGGGGUUCGUAGGGAUGGAGUUGGCGUCGCCGUGCUUGGCUCUGGAGGAGGGCGGCAUGGGGCCGAUGCUGUACCGGAGCUCAAUUGCCCGAGGAGAAGCGCCGAGGGGUUACUUUUUUGCGGGAGGGGGGAUGAUGAGCAUGCCGACGACAGUGCCGGAGGCCGGAUUCAUGGGACCGGCUAAUACGGCCAAGUAUCAGAGGCUGGACUGUGGUUUGGGAGUGUACGGACAGGAAGUCGCGCUGCAGCAUGCCUUCGGCUCUGGUGAUUUGCAGGUAAUUGGAGGAUGCAGCCAACAUCUGAUGACUGGAACUGGCGGCAAUCCGGUGCUGCUUCCAGCGCCGGAGGUGGUCUCAUCGAUGGAUGAAUCCAGCUUCAAGGUCGGUCGUCUGUCGGUCAAGGAGAGGAAGGAGAAGAUCAAUAGAUAUCAGCAGAAGCGAAACCAAAGAAACUUUAGCAAGAAGAUCAAGUAUGCCUGUAGGAAAACUCUGGCAGACAGCCGGCCUAGAGUGCGUGGGAGAUUUGCAAAAAAUGAUGAGUUUGGUGAUGUAACAAAAACUAGCUCAAAUGACCAUGAAUUCGAAGAUGAGGAAGAAGUAAUGCACUCUUCUCAUUUCAUCAAACACACUUUUUUCUCAAGCACUAAUUUCUGUUUGAUCCAAGCAACAAGCUUAUGCGAUGAUGGUGAAGGAAGAAGAUGAGAUGCUAGACUCGGAUAUCCUUCCGCACAUUAGUGGUGUGAAUUCCUUCAAUUUCCCUGUCGAAUCUUGGAUAUGAUCAGCGCUCAUAUGACUCAAUAAGUUUGGUUAUUGUUUGUCAUUUGCUGUCAUAAGCAUUCAUGAUUCAGCAGUCCAUACAGCUAAUAAAUCCUUCCAAUAAAAUGGCAUGGAGAUCAAUGUUGAUGCCAUUCUUCCCGUUGUGACUUGUACAACUUCAAAGAGAUACAAUACUCACGAAUGCAAACCUAGUUGGUGGUGAGAAAAAAAAUGUUCAGAUUAAUCAGUCUUGCCCAUGAGGUUUGUGACAUUCGUGUCAACAUGUCUGAUGUACUCAUGUACCCAAAGUAGGACCUUCCUUCUGUAUGAAUUUUUGGGAAUUGUCCUAUUCUGAACUAACCGUCUCUUUCAUCUUCA